GUAUCUUUGAUUAAAGUCGCCUUAGUAUUAAAAGUUGUAUAUUAAUUUAACUAACAAUCUUUGCACAUUGUACCUUUGGCCAACAUGGCGGCUUCAUUGGGUCGGGUUUGUAAAUCUGGUCUUUUGAAAUCGAAUUAUGGAACAUUAUACAAUCAGCAGGUGCAUAAUUUUUCUACUGCAAAUCAAUGGUCUAGGGGUAGAAAAGUGUUAUUGGCAUGUUUGGGAGUGACAGCUGGAGGUAUCAGCGCACUAAUUUAUGCCUUGGAUCGAUCUGUCAAGGCUUUUGAAGAAGUAGCCCAUUCACCACACUAUAAAUGGAGUUUUGAUGGACUGCUUAGUGCAUUUGACCAUAGAAGUCUUCGACGAGGUUGGGAAGUAUACAAAAAUGUAUGUUCAGCCUGUCACAGUUUACAAUAUGUAGCAUAUCGUAAUCUUGUGGGUGUUACACACACUGAAGAAGAAGUAAAGGCUAUAGCAGCAGAAAAUCUAGUAAAAGAUGGUCCAGAUGACCAAGGGAAUUACUUUAUGCGACCUGCAAAACUAGCAGAUCAAAUUCCAUCUCCUUAUCCAAAUGAGGAAGCUGCAAGAGCAGCUAAUAAUGGUGCAUAUCCACCAGAUCUAUCUUAUAUUGUUAAUGCAAAUCAUAAUGGAGAGAAUUAUGUAUUCUCCUUGUUAACUGGGUAUUGUGACCCACCAGCUGGCAUUAAGUCUCAGGAGGGUCAAUAUUUCAACCCUUACUUUCCUGGUGGUGCUUUGGGUAUGCCACAAAUUAUUUAUGAUGAAGUGAUAGAAUUUGAAGAUGGUACUCCUGCAUCUGCCUCUCAAGUAGCAAAGGACGUUUGUGAAUUUCUUAUGUGGACAUCAAACCCCGAAUUAGAUGAAAGAAAAAAAUUAACAAUAAAGGUUGUGGGUAUUGGAACUUUAUUGGCAUUGUUAUUCGGAUAUUGGAAGAGGCAAAAGUGGUCAGUCGUAAAAUCUACCAAACUGAUGUUUACUCCAACACAAAAGAAACCGUAAUACGUUUUGCAUCUAAAGCUACAUUAGCUCAAAUAAAACGAUUCGACGAUGUUAGGUUCCAGUACUGGAAUGUAGUUUUAUACCUUGUUUAACUGUUGCGGCAUUUAAAGGAAGAUAACU